AUGCACUAUUGGCGUGGAAGCGUGGGUCGUCCAUUUGCGGUCCUUGGCAGCCGCGCUUUUCGGGCGGAGGAAAGCGACCGAGAAAAUGACGCGCUUUUUGUCACUGUGUUGUCCGUGUCUAUUGACUGCGGACCCGACUCAUGUACGAUCCAAUCACGAAGAAGGUAACGUGACGGGUACCGUAACGGGGUGACGUUCCCUUCCGUGUUGCAGUCAUCUGGCUUCCAUCAGGCGCAGUGACGGCGUUAGUCCCGACGGCGAGAGUCAGCGAGGCAUCGGGACUUGCACUUAGAGGCGAGCGCAAGCGGAGAAGGGAAGCCGGGAGCCGUCUCCGUCGCAAAUCCCGCUGUCGAUGCUUCCGAUCGCCGUUUCCUGACGGUGUGCAACUCCGCUGGGCGGGAAUACUUCCACCUCCUCGCACCCCACAGGCAGGCGGCGUAUUGCGUCCGUCUCCUUUCCCUCUCUUCUCCGUGUAUGUUACCCCUUCAGUGGCAUUCGGCUACAGUAGCAGAAGCGCUGCCACCACUAAGCGUAAGCCUUUUCGCUAAUGAAGUGGUGAUGGGAAGAAGAGAGGAAACAGCUGCUCUUCUUUGUGUCAUGCUUUAUUCACGCAUGUGUAGCCGCUGCUGCUGAUGUCUUCUCGGGUGGGUGUUUUGAUGAUGUCGUGAAGUAGGUUUCAGCAAGGCGCAGUUGUCACGCUUCCUCGCUGGCCUUUGCCGCUUCGGUGAAUCGAAGUGGUGUGUCUGCUUGCUUGGAAUCCUCAAACCCACCGCCUCCUUCUCUUUGUUUCUUUCUUAUACCCAUAUGUCUCUCUCUUUCUCUUUCCAAUCCUUGCCAUCCUGUGAUCUCGCUUUGUACUUGCCUUGGAUUCGUAGCAGAGGCAUGGACAUGGCUGCUGGCCUGCGUCUCGGCUUCCAAAGCCCGCAAAUUAUUGGCCUCUAAAAGCCAACCUUCCCCUUGCCACCCUCCCCGGGCCCUUCUCUCCUCCUGCCCGCUCUCCCUGUCUCUUUCCACUGUGGUUCCACCGCCAACUCAUGUCAGCUGCGGGCGCGCCAUGAACGGCCUUCGCCAGGAGGCCCACGUCGCCCAGCAGAGCCGCCGGGACAAGCUCCGGAUCCCGUCCCACCUCCUGCAGCUCCGCGACGCGUGUGAUCCGCCCAUGUUCUCCAGUUCGGCCGCUGGCGCCGCCCCCGCGGACUUUGCGGCAGGCAGCCAAGUCCCCCUCAUCGUUCCUUCGUCGUCGGCGAUCUUAGGCGAGACCGCCGCUGCCCUCCGUGGUCAGCCAGGUUGCGACUGGGCCGUGCAUCCUUCCUUGUUUCCGGACAAUCAUUCUUGCCACCAACAGCCGAAGCCCGGCUUCGUCGGGUAUCACGACGGAUCGAUGGACUUGCACUAUGUCUCGCUGCCAUCGCCGCUUCCGAGCCAAGGGCGAGACUUCGUCUCGGCGGUCGCACAGCAGCCGUGUCCGUGGGCCAUCGAUAGCGGCGGGAACGAGCUGCUGUUCUUGCCGGGCUAUGCCGCGGAUCCGGCCAACGCCAUGCUGAUGGCCAGGCAGCCGCCUCCGCAGUGGAGCGGAGAUCUCAUGAGCGCCAAGUACGAAGACGCAUCCGCCGUCGGAGGAAGCGAUCUGAGGGUGGCGAGAAGCCUGUCCUUGACCCUCGCGUCGAGCCCAGUGCCGGAGCUGGGCGCGGCGCAGCUGGAGGCCGGGCCGUCCUGCCCGUACCCCAAGUUCCUGAUCAGCGACAGGGUCUACGACAGUGGCGGAUCACUACAAGACGUCGUGACCUCGCCUGGUGGCGCCGCUGCCCGCCAUCCGUUCGCCGGCUACGCCGCCUUCCUCAAGAACUCCAGGUUCUUGAGGCCGACGCAGCAGCUGCUGGACGAGUUCUGCUGUGCGGUCGCGGGCUCGAAGCUCCUGAAGCGGUGCUUCGCCGAGGAGACGAGCCGCGGAGCUUCCAGAAGUGGUGCGGUCGGGGAGAAGGAGAGCAGCUCGAGGGUAGGCAACUCCGGUGCAUCGACGUCUACGUUGUAUAGCUCAGUGGAGGCCGGCGGUGAACGCGGCGCCGGCUCUAGUAGCGGGGUUCCCAAGGUUCAUCGGUCGGAAUUCCAGCAGAAGAAGGCAAAACUCCUGCACAUGCAAGAAGAGAUUUGCAGAAGAUACAAGCAAUACCACCAGCAAAUGCAAAUGGUGGUCUCCUCCUUCGAAUCUGUUGCUGGCCUCAAUUCUGCCACACCCUGCACUUCGCUAGCCCUGAAAGCCAUCUCAAAACACUUCAGGAGUCUAAAGAAUGCCAUAUCAGAGCAGAUACAAAACAUAAGCAAAGUUCUUGGCGAGGAACUCUUGUCAUCACCCAGUUUUAGUAGAGGGGAAGCUACGACAACCCCACGGUCGAAGUACCUUGAUCAAAGUCUUCAGAAACAAAAGGUGGGCGAAAGCACCCUAAGCUUCACGGGCUACAACCAGCCUGUUUGGAAGCCACAGAGGGGCCUUCCAGAGCGUGCCGUAUCUGUUCUCCGGGCCUGGUUGUUCGAGCAUUUUCUUCAUCCGUAUCCGACCGAUACAGAUAAGCACAUGUUAGCAACUCAGACUGGCCUGUCGAGGAAUCAGGUUUCCAACUGGUUCAUCAACGCCAGGGUAAGGCUAUGGAAACCCAUGAUAGAAGAGAUCCACAUGCUGGAGACCAAAGGAACCAGUGGAAUGGAUUUCACUUCAGCUAAUGCAAAGCACAUGAUGCCCGGCACAGACGACGGAGCACGCCCUUCCAUGGAGCCCGUGUUCGCCGCCGACGAGCGCUCCCAGGAGCCGUGGCAAGGCGACAAGAGAUCGAGGGUUGAAGAGAGCGAGAUGCUGAUGAGCUUCGCGAGCUACCAACACGCCAUGGACAUCGGCGGGAUUGACGCGGUGUCCUUGACGCUGGGCCUUCGGCACGAGGGCGGCCAACAGAAUCCGCAUCAGAUGUUCCAUGAUUUUGUGGGCUGAUCGCCGUUUCUUUGCGCCGAAUUCGGUGGGCUGAUCGGCACGAGAUCGUCGGCUGAUCGCCGCAUCAGAAUCCGCACGGAGGGCGGCCGCGCAGUUCUCGUCGAAUUCGGUGGUCGAAGUGAUCUGCAUCGCUUCUUCGUAGGGUGUCUUCUGCUAUACGAGUGUUUGUGGUGUUGUGAUGAUAUCUGAACUGCUCAAUCUAACAGUGUCGUUUCUG